AUGACCAAAGGUACCACAUCCUUCGGUAAGCGGCACACCAAGUCCCACACGCUCUGCCGGCGGUGUGGCAACCGCGCAUUCCACAAGCAACACAAGGAGUGCGCACAGUGCGGCUACCCCCGCGCAAAGCUGCGGUCGUAUGAGUGGGGCCAGAAGGCGAAGCGCCGAAAGACGACUGGGACGGGCCGAAUGCGCUACCUCAAGACUGUCUCGAGGCGAUUCAAGAACGGCUUCAGGGAGAACACGUCUGCAGUUAAGCGGUCUAAGGCAAAGCAGGCUGAGGCAUGA